UUCGUAGGGACGUUAGUAAAGGUGGUGGCAGGUCCACACCUAAGUUUUUUCUUGGCACCAAGCGUAUGGAGGACUCCCGUAAAAGGAAGGAGAAGGAGGAGGGGGAGGUGAAGUACCGAGGUGUUCGACGUCGGCCAUGGGGGAAGUACGCGGCAGAGAUCCGGGACUCGACGCGGCAUGGAGUUCGAGUUUGGCUUGGCACGUUCAGCACCGCCGAGGAGGCGGCACGGGCCUACGACCGGGCGGCCUAUGCGAUGAGGGGACCGCUCGCCGUGCUUAAUUUCCCCGAGGAAAUCCAUUCUUUUAGUACUGGUUCUUCGUCUUCGCCGAGGGGGAGGGGGAGUGGGAGUUCUGAGACUGAGCAAGGGAAGCAGGUGAUUGAGCUGGAGUGUUUGGAUGACAAGGUAUUGGAGGAGCUUCUUGAGCCCGAGGAGAAGGGUGGGAAGAAGAAAUGAUUAAUGACUUGAUGGGGAAUCUACUCUGUGGAAUAUUUGGCAAAUCAAGAUCAAUUUUUUUAGAGCUUUGUCUUUCAGUUGCUUAAGGUUAAUAUAUUUGUGCACUUGGCAAUGUUUUUGUUAGCCAAAGUUGUAAUAUAUGCUUUUUUUCGAUAAUUAAGGUUAUUGUAUUCAU